AUGAGGAUCGUUUUUGCCUUGACGGCAUUGUUCCUGGCUGUUUCUGCCGAUGGGGAUGUAUUGGCUUACACGGACAGCAACUUCGAGGAGCUUAUCAAGUCACACGAAGUUGCGCUGGUGAAAUUCUACGCUCCCUGGCCCAAACCAAGGCGGACGAAAAAUAACGACAUUGCUUUGAUGCAGUGCAGUCAGGCGUCUUUGAAGUCAUCACUAAUAGCACCAAAGUUCGAAGAACUGCGUGCGUGUCGUCAGCUUUCAAUGGUAUAG